AAAAAAAAAAAAAGGACGGGUAUUCAUUAAAGAAAACGGAUAAUUGCACGCCUUUUCCAAAUACAGAAUACUUCUCUGCAUCACAUUACUCUCUCUCUUUUUAUUUUUUUUCUUUCUUUUUCUUUCUCACCCUCUCUCUCUCUUUCUUCUUUUUUUAUAACUUUUUAUCAAUUGUUCUUGUACGCUUUUGUUCUUUCAAAGCCAUGUCUGAACAAAAUUUAUUAUACAACAACCUGUUCAAAAAUAAUGGCUACACGUUUGAAUUCCCCAUUGUAUCAGCAGCGCCCCCGCAAAGACAGGUUGCAACGAAACCGAUUUAUACUACGACAGCAACAACAUCACCUUAUUAUUUACCACCUAUCACACCCGCUAAUACGAACAUGACGUUCUCUUCUUUAAUGCACCAACAGAAACACUGGAAUAACGAAGCCUCACAAAUGAAAGAGCCAGAAGAACAAGCACCGACCCAUAUCGUCUCUCCAGAAGCAAUUCGAGAAGCGCUAAAAGAAGAAAAAGAAGAAGCCCUCGGUCAUUGUCAAAAACCUUUCUCUCAAUAUACUUCUUUCCAUGCAUUAAAACAACGUCGGUUUUCGGACCAUUCUCCACCGAGUUUUUCGAUCCCUUUCAGUCCGGUACCCAAUUACAAUCACGAUGAAGAGGACGAAGAAGAGGAAGAGGAGGAGGAAGAACCUGAAUCUCCCUUUCCAAUUCAUCAUCACCAUCAACAGCAGGCAGACGAUAGCAAAAAACUACUAGCAGGCGAGAAACUAAAAAGGCCUCCCAAUGCCUACCUGUUAUUUAACAGAGAUAUGCGUCGUAAAUUACUAAAAGCCUCUCCCAAAAUGACCGUGGCCGAAAUCAGCAAAGAAGUUGGAGACUGGUGGAAAGCCCUGCCCGACGACAAAAGAGACUAUUAUGUGCGCGAGGCUUCGAUACUAAAGCAAGAACAUUUAAAAAAGUAUCCAGAUUUUAUUUAUACCCGGAGGUCUAAAGCCGAAUUAGCAGAAGCGAAAAAGACCUCAAAACUCGGUAGAAAAUCCAAACCUAUUGUGCAAAUCAUGACGACUGAAGAAGAUGAAUUAAUACAGCCUACCAUUGAUCUGAUCCUAUGCGCAACGACCACCACCACUACGACAGCAACAACAUCUAGCAAGAAAAGACCCAGAAAAGCCAUUGCACCAGGCGGUCAAAGAGACCCUCGCGGUCGUAAAAAGAAGCGCCAUAAGCACCCUUUUGCUCCCAAACAUCCCAUGUCUGCUUACCUCUACUAUUUGGCCUCUGUCUACCCCAAAGUCUCGCUCGAGUUUCCAGGCUCGACGGUAGGUCCCAUCAGUAAAUCGAUCUCCAAGACAUGGCAUGCCAUGACUGUGGAAGAACGGUUGCCAUGGAUACAAAAAGCCGAUUCGGACAAGGCUCGUUAUGCAAGAGAAAUGCAAGUGUACAUGGCCAAUAAUAAUCAAGAACAGUUACAAAAGGAACAAUUGUUACUACAGCAACAACAACAGUUACAACAAGACAUGGAUGCACAACAAACAUUGCAGCUUCAAUUACAGCAGUUACUCUCUGAAGAGGAAGAAACGGAUGAUGACGAACAUGUCGUGAACAUGGUAUAAAUAAUAAUACAUGAUUGCAUGAUGAUUGUAAUUGUCACACCGCACCCAGUCUUUUUUUUUUUUUCUGCCCUUUACUUUUUUUUAAUUACAUUCUUUUUUUUUUUUUUUUUUUUUU